AUGAGUCUUAAAAAGGAAGUGGAAGACCAUGUGGCAUUUUUAAUCACUGUUCCGACUGCCCUGGCAAUUUUCUUCGCAAUAUUCAUCCUCGUCUGCAUCGAGUCUGUGUUUAAGAAGCUGCUCCGACUCUUCUCUCUGGUGAUAUGGAUGUGCCUCGUCGCCAUGGGAUACCUGUUCAUGUGCUUCGGAGGCACCGUUUCUCCCUGGGACCAGGUCUCAUUCUUCCUCUUUAUCAUCUUCGUGGUGUACACUAUGCUGCCCUUCAACAUGCGAGAUGCCAUCAUCGCCAGCGUCCUCACCUCCUCUUCCCACACCAUCGUGCUGAGCGUCUGCCUGUCUGCGUCUCCAGGAGCCAAGGAGCACCUGGUUUGGCAGAUCCUGGCCAAUGUGAUCAUCUUCAUCUGUGGGAACCUGGCAGGAGCCUACCAUAAGCACCUCAUGGAACUUGCUCUGCAGCAGACGUAUCAGGACACGUGUAACUGCAUCAAGUCCCGGAUCAAGUUGGAAUUUGAAAAACGUCAGCAGGAGCGGCUCCUGCUGUCCUUGCUGCCGGCUCACAUCGCCAUGGAGAUGAAGGCAGAGAUCAUCCAGAGGCUGCAGGGCCCCAAGGCCGGCCAGAUGGAGAACACAAACAACUUCCACAACCUAUACGUCAAGCGCCACACCAACGUGAGUAUCUUAUACGCGGACAUCGUUGGAUUCACCCGGCUGGCGAGUGACUGUUCCCCAGGAGAACUGGUCCACAUGCUAAACGAGCUCUUCGGGAAGUUUGAUCAAAUUGCUAAGGAGAAUGAGUGCAUGAGAAUUAAAAUUUUAGGAGACUGCUACUACUGUGUGUCCGGACUCCCUAUUUCUCUCCCCAACCAUGCCAAGAACUGUGUGAAAAUGGGGCUGGACAUGUGCGAAGCCAUAAAGAAAGUGCGAGAUGCCACCGGAGUUGACAUCAACAUGCGUGUGGGCGUGCACUCUGGGAAUGUACUGUGCGGUGUGAUUGGUCUGCAGAAGUGGCAGUAUGAUGUGUGGUCACAUGACGUGACCCUGGCCAACCACAUGGAAGCUGGAGGGGUCCCCGGACGUGUUCACAUUUCUUCAGUCACCCUGGAACACUUGAAUGGAGCUUACAAAGUCGAGGAGGGAGAUGGUGACAUCAGGGAUCCAUACUUAAAACAGCACCUGGUGAAAACUUACUUCGUAAUCAAUCCCAAGGGAGAACGGCGGAGUCCUCAGCACCUCUUCAGGCCUCGCCACACCCUGGAUGGAGCCAAGAUGAGGGCUUCGGUCCGCAUGACCCGGUACUUGGAGUCCUGGGGGGCAGCCAAGCCCUUCGCACACUUGCAUCACAGGGACAGCAUGACCACGGAGAACGGCAAGAUCAGCACCACGGAUGUACCAAUGGGUCAACAUAAUUUUCAAAAUCGCACCUUAAGAACCAAGUCACAGAAGAAAAGAUUUGAAGAAGAGUUGAAUGAAAGAAUGAUUCAAGCCAUUGAUGGAAUCAACGCACAAAAGCAAUGGCUCAAGUCUGAAGACAUUCAGAGGAUCUCACUGCUUUUCUAUAACAAAAUACUAGAAAAAGAAUACCGAGCCACUGCACUGCCAGCAUUCAAGUACUACGUGACUUGCGCGUGUCUCAUAUUCUUCUGCAUCUUCAUCGUGCAGAUCCUCGUCCUGCCAAAGACGUCCGUCCUGGGGAUUUCCUUCGGAGCUGCGUUUCUCUCGCUGGCCUUUAUCCUGUUUGUCUGCUUUGCUGGACAGCUUUUGCAAUGCAGCAAAAAGGCCUCUGCCUCACUCAUGUGGCUUCUGAAGUCUUCAGGCAUCAUCGCAAACCGGCCCUGGCCCCGGAUCUCCCUCACGGUCAUCACCACGGCCAUCAUCUUAACCAUGGCUGUGUUCAACAUGUUUUUCCUGAGCGACUCAGAGGAAAUCGUCCUUCCAACUGCUAAUGCGUCAAACAUGAGCUCUUCUGCCUCGAGUAGCCAGGCGGCAAUCCUGCGUGCACAAAAUCUGUUUUUCCUUCCGUACUUCAUAUACAGCUGCAUCCUGGGAUUAAUAUCCUGUUCCGUCUUCCUGCGGGUGAACUACGAGUUGAAAAUGCUGAUUAUGAUGGUGGCACUGGUGGGCUACAACACCAUCCUGCUCCACACCCACGCCCACGUCCUGGACGACUACAGCCAGGUCUUGUUCGAGAGGCCAGGUAUUUGGAAAGACCUAAAGACCAUGGGAUCUGUGUCACUCUCGAUAUUUUUCAUCACGCUGCUUGUUCUCGGUAGACAGAAUGAAUAUUACUGUAGGUUAGACUUCUUAUGGAAGAACAAGUUCAAAAAAGAGCGGGAGGAGAUAGAGACGAUGGAGAACCUGAACCGCGUGCUGCUGGAGAACGUGCUUCCUGCGCACGUGGCGGAGCACUUCCUGGCCAGGAGCCUGAAGAACGAGGAGUUAUACCACCAGUCAUACGACUGCGUGUGCGUCAUGUUUGCCUCCAUUCCCGACUUCAAAGAGUUUUACACGGAAUCAGAUGUGAACAAGGAGGGCCUGGAAUGCCUUCGACUUCUGAACGAGAUCAUCGCUGACUUUGAUGAUCUGCUGUCCAAGCCGAAGUUCAGUGGGGUUGAAAAGAUCAAGACCAUUGGCAGCACCUACAUGGCAGCGACGGGUCUGAGUGCUGUGCCCAGCCAGGAGUACGCCCAGGAGCCCGAGCGGCAGUACAUGCACAUAGGCACCAUGGUGGAGUUUGCCUUUGCCCUGGUGGCAAAACUGGACGCCAUCAACAAGCACUCCUUCAAUGACUUCAAGCUGCGCGUGGGUAUCAAUCAUGGGCCUGUAAUUGCUGGUGUAAUUGGAGCUCAGAAGCCACAGUACGAUAUCUGGGGCAACACCGUCAAUGUGGCCAGCAGGAUGGACAGCACCGGAGUCCUGGACAAAAUCCAGGUUACUGAGGAAACGAGCCUCAUCCUCCAGACACUUGGGUACACGUGCACCUGCCGAGGCAUAAUCAACGUGAAAGGCAAGGGGGACCUGAAGACGUACUUUGUAAACACAGAAAUGUCCAGGUCCCUUUCCCAGAGCAACGUGGCAUCCUGAAGAGCCCCUGCUCUCUGGCAAGAAGACUGUAUUUCAGGAAGGUGCCACGCACUUUCUGACUGCAAUGUCCGUCCCUCAUUUUUGAUGUGUGUGCUCUGUUCUGUCCCAUGGAGCCUUUGCAGACUCGUUCCUGUGACCCAGUGGCAUACCAUUUGGUGUCUGACGUGUGCCCAGAUCGUUCUGCCACUUGCACUGUGCUUACUCCUAAGCAAAAGGACAAAGGAGCGAGUUGUAGACGGAAACCGUUCAGAGUACUAACCAAGAGCAGAGAGGUGAAACAAACAAACAUUCUUACGGCAAUAAAACUAGGGCGUGUAUAUUAUCUUCUGGUGCAUGUUCUUUUCUGGAAACUAUGGUAGCUCGCCGACCGCAUCCGCUAGUCCGAUAUCCAAACACACAGUAUUUGUGAAUAUGUCGAUUCUGUCGCCCACAUGGAGUCUGUGCCCACCCACGUGUGUCAUUGCCAGUGGCGUCCAUGGGCCCCUGGGGAUCUGUGGCUCUUGUCACCCAGCUCUGUUGUGUCUCCUGCCAGCAGCGUGCUGCCGUCCGUCACCACAGUUAGUCCUCAGAGCCUAGGACCCGUUUUGUACCAAACUCGUCUGAUGUUUUGAUGCCAUCUGUCUUUUGUAAGGUUAAUUCAUUAAAAGUUUUAUGUACUUUGGUUCUGCUGCCUGUAUCCUUUCUUUUCCCUUCUUUCUCCUGUGGAUUGCUCCAUCCAUUCUCCCUUUAGACACCUUGUUUCUGAGGGAGCACUCCACAAGCCAGUAUGUAGAUAUCUUGGAGUAAUUCAGAUCAGGACAACGUUUGUAAUGCAGAUAAUUGAUCACACAA